CCUUCGUGUCACUGACCGGCUUUCUUCAACUGCUCUCUCCCUCAACUCUCUAUCAUGCGUGAAAUCGUUCAUCUCCAGACCGGCCAGUGCGGUAACCAGAUUGGCGCCAAGUUCUGGGAGGUCGUGUCUGACGAGCAUGGUAUCGAGAAGGAUGGUCUCUACAAGGGCACCAACGACAUGCAGUUGGAGCGUAUCUCGGUAUACUACAACGAGGUUGGCUCAAACAAGUACGUUCCCCGCGCCGUCUUGGUCGAUCUCGAGCCGGGUACCAUGGACUCCGUCCGCUCUGGUCCCCUUGGUGGUCUCUUCCGUCCCGACAACUUCGUCUUUGGGCAGAGUGGUGCUGGUAACAACUGGGCCAAAGGACACUACACGGAGGGUGCGGAGUUGGUCGACGCUGUCCUCGAUGUCGUGCGCAAGGAGGCUGAGGGUACCGACUGUCUCCAGGGCUUCCAGAUCACCCACUCGCUCGGUGGUGGUACUGGUGCCGGUAUGGGUACUCUCUUGAUCUCGAAGAUCCGCGAGGAGUACCCUGACCGGAUGAUGUGCACGUACUCCGUCGUCCCCUCCCCCAAGGUGUCGGACACCGUCGUCGAACCCUACAACGCGACGCUCUCCGUCCACCAGCUGGUUGAGAAUUCCGAUGAGACCUUCUGUAUCGAUAACGAGGCCCUCUACGACAUUUGCUUCCGUACCCUCAAGCUCUCUACCCCCACCUACGGCGAUCUCAAUCACCUCGUCUCCUUUGUCAUGUCCGGCAUCACUACCUGUUUGCGUUUCCCUGGUCAGCUUAACUCUGACCUUCGUAAGCUCGCCGUCAACAUGGUUCCUUUCCCUCGUCUCCACUUCUUCAUGACCGGUUUCGCUCCCCUCACUGCUCGUGGCAGCCAGCAAUACCGUGCCGUCACCGUCCCUGAGCUCACUCAGCAGAUGUUCGACGCCAAGAACAUGAUGGCUGCUUCUGACCCCAGGCACGGUCGCUACCUCACUGUUGCUGCAGUGUUCCGUGGCAAGGUCUCGAUGAAGGAGGUUGAGGAGCAGAUGCAGAACGUUCAGAACAAGAACUCUGCGUACUUCGUCGAGUGGAUUCCCAACAACGUCCUCUCCGCUCAGUGUGACAUUCCUCCUCGUGGCGUUAAGAUGGCCGUCACCUUCUUGGGUAACUCGACCGCCAUCCAGGAGCUCUUCAAGCGUGUCUCCGACCAGUUCACGGCCAUGUUCAAGCGCAAGGCCUUCCUUCAUUGGUACACCCAGGAGGGUAUGGACGAGAUGGAGUUCACGGAAGCCGAGUCCAACAUGCAGGAUCUCGUGGCCGAAUACCAGCAAUACCAGGAUGCGACCAUCGAGGAGGAGGGCGAGUACGAGGAGGAGGUCCCUCCCGAAGAAGAGUAGAUGCAAAACAUCCUUGUCACUUUGGACGCCAUUUCUUUCCCUCACGUUCGCUCUUAUCAAGCUUAGGUUCUCUUCUAUUGGUGUCCUUUCUGUUUGUUAAUCCUUCCGUCUUCACGUCGUCACGCCCUUAUCCUAUAUACUUAGCAUUGAGUUGUGAUCCAUUCUCUCAUGUCAUCCAAUCUUUUCUUUUUCUCUCCGCUGCAAAGUAGGGAGGAGGAAUACAUCUCAUCGGGAAACACAUUAUACCC